ACUCGUUUUUUUCUGUAUCAUUCCUCUCAUCAAGUCGACUGUAUUUACAUAAAAUUGUGCUUCUCACCUCAUCAAAUUUUAGCCCAUGAAUUUAUAAACUUGAGACAAGUAACAAAUUUUAAAUACACUGACAUAAAUAUACAUACGUACAGAUUUGCUAACUUUUAAUUAAGCUGAAAUCGGAUCAUUACAUGGACUGUUUAAAGAUGGACCUCAAUUGCAGUAUCGUGGACAUCAAUAAGGAUUUAAUAUUUGGCUUCCGGCCACAAUCUUCCUUCACUUUACUCGAAUUUACAAAGUUUGCUCCUGACUUUAAGUAUUUAUUAAUAAUUAUCCCUCCACUACUGGUACUCUGGUAUUAUUUUUUCUGGAAAACUCUCGACUAUUAUCGGGAUUACACCGAAUUCGGGUACGAUGACGCCAAGCGGAUAAACGGGAGUGACGCUUCGAGACGUCAUGCAAUUAAUGAAAUGCGCAAUCAAAGAAAAGUCGGUGACAUUCCGCCCGUCUAUCCAAACGGUUGGUUUAACAUUUUGGAAUCGCGCGAUCUUCCCGCUCAAGGCGCGAAAGAAGUGUGCUGUUUAGGUUUGAAUUUGGUCGUUUGGCGGGGCGAGAGUGGAAAGUCGUACGUGGCGGAUGCAUACUGUCCCCAUUUGGGGGCACAUCUUGGUGUUGGUGGCGUCGUAAAGGGCGACUGUAUCGAGUGUCCCUUUCACAAGUGGGUAUUCCAAGGGGGGAGUGGCGAUUGUGUCCAUGUUCCUUACUCUGACUCUGUCCCGGAAUUUGCACAUUUAAAAAUGUGGGAAACACUGGAACUGAACGGUUUUAUUUAUCUCUGGUAUCACGCUGAAGGUGAAAAGCCCUCUUGGAAACCCGACGAAAUUCCACAAGUUUCUAGUGGAGAGUGGAUUUAUCGUGGAAGGUCGGUCUUUAUUACGGCGUGUCACAUUCAGGAUGUCGGUGAAAACGGGGCUGAUAUGACGCAUUUCAAUGCUGUUCACAAACCUUCCGUUUUUGCCGGAGGAAACAUUGCAGGGUUGAAAUCGGCCUGGGAAUUCAUAAGCCAUAUCUGGUCUGGAAGUUGGGAACCUAACCCUGACCCAAAAUUAGGCCACAAAGCAAUCAUGUCCUUAAAUCACAGAGUAAAAUUACUUAACCGUUUUACCUUAAUGGAUGUCCCCUUUGCCAACGUGGCAGCGAAUCAUGUUGGUCCCGGAAUGGUUUACCUGCAUUAUAAAGGAUUUGGUGGCAAUGGCGUCUUCUUUUUCAUGACGACGCCUCUGGCACCGCUUGUUAUGAAACUUACUCUAACGUUUUACUCUUCUCGGUUUCUUUUGCACCCAAUCGCACUGCUAUUCAUGAAGGGUCAAGCUAGCCAGUUGGAAAGGGACAUUGCCAUCUGGAACAGAAAAACGUAUCUGAGUAGGCCAAUUCUCAUGAAGGAGGAUAAAGCCGUCAAAACUUUUCGUCGCUGGUUUAAUCAGUUUUAUUCGGAGAAUAGCCCACGCUUACAAAAUCAAUCAGUCGUACCGGAUGGGAGAAUUGGUGUGAAAACUGAAUUAAAUUGGUAACUAAAUGGGAAAUACAGAAAUAUUUAUGAAAACGCUAAUAAUCAAUCAUGAAUGUAUAUGUUUGUAUCUUCCAUAUGCAUUUUUCCCAACGAUUGUAAUUACUGAUUUAGUUAUGUACAUAUCUGUAAUUAAGGAUGCGCUGUGAUGUAAAGUGUAAAUACUGCUCCGUUGCAAAAUUGUAUAAAUUUGUAGCAUAAUGUGAACAAAUAAUAUUUAUGUGAAUAUGUAUGUAUGGUUCAAUAAUUAUUUAUUAAACUUAAUCUCGCGUAAACAUAAAUAUUUACGCCAAAUCUUCUAAUUUAAAUAGCAUUACAGUAAAUAAA